AUGGCGGGUAGCUGCUCCCCCGCUGCAGAUGACUCGUUCGGACCGGUCGUCGCGUGUCCAGCAACAUUUGACUUCACUCUGCUCUUCGAGCAGAGUAUCCUCUCCAUUGGCCCAUCCGCCAUCUUUCUCCUCCUGGUUCCAUGGCGUAUCUGGUCGCUCUAUCCAGAGAAUGUCAAAACUGUUGCAAACAACGCCCAUUGGCGAAAACUGACCGUCGCAGCUUGUCUCCUUGCUCUGCAGAUUGCCUCGGUGGUUGAAUGGGCACGCUAUGACUUAGUCCGGACUGCCAUUCCUGCUGUCGCCGUGUCGCUGGUGGACGCUCUAUCGAUAGCUAUUCUAUCAACCAUCGAGCACAAUCGCUCAGUGCGCCCAUCGUCGCUAUUGGGCAUCUACCUCCUCUUUUCAUCCCUCUUCGAUGCUGUGCAAGUGCGCACAUUAUUUAUCCGACAUUACCCGUCCUCCCUUGGAGCUCUCUCUGCAGCAACUGCUGCUCUGAAGCUUCUUCUGCUGGCCCUAGAAGCCCAAAACAAACGCAGCUAUCUCAAAGAACCGCUUCUCGCAAUUCCGCCCGAGUCUACCAGUGGAUUAUUUGCUCGCACCGUUUUCUGGUGGCUCAACCGUCUAUUCGUUAUAGGUUUUCGGAAGCUCCUGACGCUCGAGGAUUUGUUCCCGACGGACAGCGACCUAAAGUCGGAAGGUCUGAGGCGAAAGAUUGGAAAAGCCUGGGAAAAGUACCAGUCCAGCCAAACACGUAGUCUGAUUUUUGCGACCUUUAUCAGUCUGCGUUGGGCAGUUCUCCGUACUAUUUUCCCCAGGCUCUGCCUCAUUGGAUUCAGCUAUGCUCAGACGUUCUUCAUUCAGCGUGCAAUGGAGCAGCUACACAGACCAGAUACGCAGCUAACCCGUAAUGAAGGCUACGGAUUGAUUGGGGCAGCGGCGCUCAUUUAUGGUGGGAUCGCAAUAUCAACGGUGCAUUACAAGCACCAAUUAUUUCGAAUGAUCACGAUGUUCCGUGGCGCAGCAAUUGCCUUGAUCUACGAUCACACGAUGGUCCUACCAGAUGGAACUCGCGAUGAAUCGGCUGCGGUUACGCUAAUGAGUACUGACAUUGACAUGAUCGCGCGGUCUCUAGAGCAAGCUAGCGAGCUGUGGGCCCGCGUGGUGGAGAUCGCGAUCGGUAUUUGGCUACUAGAGCGGCAGCUCGCUGCUGUUUGUGUGGCCCCGAUCCUCGUAAUCCUGGUAUGCACAUCGGUUCAAAUGUAUAUGGCCACAUUCAUGCCUGCCAGGCAGAAAGUCUGGGUUGGUGCAAUACAACGGCGAGUUAGCAUAAUCUCCUCGGCGCUGAAAUCAAUGAAGAGCGUCAAGAUGCUUGGUUUAUCUGAAGUGCUCGCCAAUACCCUUCAGGCGCAACGAGAGCGUGAACUAGAUUUAUCUAAGGACUUCCGAUGGUUGAUCGUGUGGCUGAACGUGGUUGCAAGUUUGCCUCAGAUGUGUGCCUCUCUCGUCACAUUUGCAGCUUUCGUCAUACGCGCGAAAAUCGAUCAUUCAGAGACACUGUCGACAGUACAAGCAUUCACGUCCCUUGCAAUCAUUAGCCUUAUCACAAGCCCGGCACUACAGUUACUGGCAUCAAUCCCAGCAAUAACUGCCGCGUUGGGUGCCUUUGACCGAAUUCACAAAUUCCUCACUUCUCCCACAGACCACUCACCGGCUGAGAGAGGCCUGGAGACAGAGUCAGACCUUUCUACCAGAAAUGGAUCGGCGGUCGAACUGAAGGUCUUGGCACCAAAGGUUUCCGACCAUGUUGUUCUUACCAUGACGGACGCUUAUAUCCGUCCAGUUACUGGGUCCGCGUUCUCCCUUGAGGGUAUCAAUCUAGCCAUCAAGACGGGUACAGUAACAAUGAUUACUGGUCCGGUUGGGUCUGGGAAGUCGACCCUGUUAAAGGCGGCCGUAGGGGAGCUAUCAUGUAGCCAAGGAACGGUUACACGAACGCGGCCGGAUGCUGCCUAUUGCAGUCAAGUUCCCUGGCUCCAAAACACCUCUAUUCGCAAUAACAUCUGUGGUUAUGCUGAGAUAGACCAUACUUGGUAUGGUGAGGUACUAAGGGCAUGUGCUUUAGAAGAGGACAUAUCUCGAAUGCCAGAGCGUGAUCAGUCUAUGGUUGGUAGCGGGGCUCUCAAGCUGAGUGGAGGACAGAAGCAGCGUCUGGCACUGGCUCGGGCUAUCUACUCGAGGAAGAAUCUUCUUGUGCUAGACGAUGCACUAAGUGCCGUUGACAACAAAACCGCACAGUAUGUCGCAGAGGCUCUAUUUGUCGAUAAUGGAAUAUGCAGGCGAAUAGGUGUUGGUGUAAUGAUGGCAACCCAUUCAGACCAGCAUCUGCGCUUCGCAGAUAAUGUUGUCGUACUAAAUUCUAGUGGACGGAUCGAAAAGCAAGGUUCCAGGAGGAGCUUAGGCUUCGCCUCGCAUGUAAAUCCGGACACGACGGAUGCUGCUCCAGAGACGCCGACUGCCCUCACUGAAAACGGAGAGGAGACGUCUACAAAGAAAGUUGAAACACUGACUGUCGACGACAUAGCUGAUAUAUCCCGCCGUAUGGGUGAUACUGCAGUCUACACCUACUACCUGAAGGCGAUAGGAUGGCGUCACACGUUGGUUGCCUGCACAAUUAUUAUUGUACACACAUUCUCCUCUGUGUUCCCUCAAAUAUGGUUGGAGUUGUUUACGGAUGACAAUGGAAAGAAGGCUGCCCAGUUUAUUGGUGUUUACAUCCUACUUGCUGUGGCCGCCUCAGGCUCGCAGGGACUAAUGAUAUGGCAAAUCAUGAUCAAGAUUGUCAUCACGUCAGGGCUGGGACUACACAAGAUUCUUGUCCAAACCGUAAUAAAUGCGCCGAUGCAUUUCUUCGCCGAGGUUGAUUCCGGAGUCAUCCUCAACAGGUUCAGCCAGGACAUGACACUUGUCGACGCUGUACUGCCCACGAUGGCGUUUGGCACGGUUCUGAGUAUCGCACAAUGCUUCGCCCAGGUUGCCUUAAUCUCGCUGGGCUCCAGCUACAUGGCGCUGACAAUUAUUCCGUGCUUACUAGUAUUGUACUGCGCCCAGAAAGUCUAUCUGCGGACGUCCAGACAGCUCCGGUUUCUCGAUCUGGAAGCCAAAAGCCCAUUGUAUACAAUGUUCGUGGAAACUCUUGACGGUAUCUCUACAAUUCGCGGCCUUGGAUGGCAACGGUCAUUUGUAGCAGAGUGCUUACGCCGGCUUGACGAUUCGCAAAAGCCUUACUACCUUCUCUAUUGCAUCCAGCGAUGGCUCAACGUUGUUCUUGAUCUUCUUGUUGCUUGCUUGGCUGUGAUACUAAUUGCACUGGCAAUCUCGUUCCGAAGCUCGACCGAUCCGGGAAAACUGGGAGUUUCUUUGACUGCAAUCAUGGCGUUCAGCCAGACCCUGCAGGAAGUUGUGACCAGUUGGACGGGCCUGGAAACAUCCCUUGGUGCAAUUGCACGGACAAGAUCUUUUGAGAUGAAAACACCCACUGAGCAUCAACCCCAGAAACCAGUGGUCCCUUCAACGACUUGGCCUGUUGAUGGGAAUAUUGAAAUCAGGUCUCUUUCUGCCUCCUAUGAUGGUGUCACACGUGCAUUGGACAAUAUCAAUCUGAUUAUAAAUCCUGGGGAAAAGGUGGUUAUACGUGGCCGGACUGGCAGCGGGAAGAGCACACUGGUCUCGGCCCUUCUUCGACUCAUCGAUACCCAGAGCGGCACGAUUACAAUUGACUGGAUAGACAUCUCCACCGUUCCACUAGAUGUACUCCGAUCCCGCAUUAUCGCCAUUCCCCAGGACCCUUUUCUACUCCCUGGAUCUAUCCGCUUCAACCUGGAUCCGACUUCUCGAUCUACAGACUCGAUUUUGCUUUCAGCAUUAGAGAAGGCUAACCUACUUUCUCUUGUGACAUCGCGUGGGGGGCUAGAUGCGGAAUUGACAUCGACAUCCCUGUCGCAGGGCGAGCAAAGACUGUUUGCGCUGGCAGUCGCGCUGGUGCGGAAAUGGAGUCGCGACAGUGAUGCUCACGAUAGUGGCGGCAUAUUGAUUCUAGAUGAAGCAACGAGUGGCACGGACGCUGUCACUGAUGCGCUGAUGCAGAAGGUUAUCGCUGAUGUGUUCGGUCGAUAUACGGUUCUCCAUGUAUCGCACCGGCCUGAUAGUGUGACGGGGGCAGAUCGAGUUAUUGAGAUGGAAAAUGGUCGUAUCGUGAAGGACUAUACCUCGGAUUAG